AUGUGGUUUUCGCGAUUUCUUCAGGUUUCUGAGAAUGACUGGCUUAUCAUACUUCCGUUACUGCUUUCCAUAGCCCUCAUAGGGCCUUCUCACCGACAUGUCAAGAUGUGGCAUGUUGGCGUGCAUAUCUGGGAGGUGCCGCCGAACGAGAUAGAACCAAACUAUGACGAGUACUAUGCCGUUGUCAUGGCGUUCAACCUCUUGAACAUCCCCAUACUACCGCUCGUCAAAGCAUCGAUCAUCCUUCUCCUCCUUCGGGCCGGUUCCGUUAUUGAAUGGCUCAAGCGAGUGCUCUAUGCCAUCUUGGUCUUCACUGUUGGAAGCGCAUUGAUACCAUGGUUCUUGUACAUCUUCAUCUGUCCACCUCUAACUGGAAACACUUGGAAGCCGAGGACUUUCGGCAACCUGCAUUGCAUGGGCAGACACAAAAUGGGAGAAAUGUUGAUCUGGGUCACAUGCGCCAAUCUACUCACCGAUGUUCUGAUCCUCCCGAUACCUUUCAUCAUCGUGCGAAGGAUGAUGAGUGCUCGGUUGAGGUCCCGUUUGGUGGUAUUGGUGGUGUUUACAUGCAGUCUCGCUGUUACUGCCAUCGGCGCGGCAAAGAUCUACUUAUCGUAUCGCGACCGCCUCUACACUCUGUUCAACCCCGAUUGGACCUACCCGAUCGACUACUGCAUCAACCACAUUGAGAACAACGUAGCAAUCAUCGUAGCCAACAUACCGAUCCUACGCGGCCUCGUCACACGAUGGAUCUUCAACUUCCGCACCAAAGCGACGCCCAUUGAUCGCGAGUUUCGUGGUGAUUGGCAACAGCAACAGCAACAACAACAACAACCGAGAAAGUCGGACGCUUCAGACUUCAGCCGCUACACAAGAAAGAAUCGUGUGGUACAGAAGAUCCUCCCCUGCAUCCAGGAUGACUUCUCCAGCAGCCUGGCCUCGCGCUCCAAAGGCGACAUCAGCAGUAAGCCCAACGCUGAGCCCAACAGCGAGGUUCUCCACGCAGACAUUGUGCCCCAUUGCGCCGUUGACGCCGGCGAGGUUGCGGGGGAUUGA